ACCAAACCCACAGCGAGGCAGGCAGCGCGGGGACGUAAACCGAAACCACUAAAGCCCGCGAGUGCGUGUGUGAAGGCUGCGCACAAAGAUGAUUAAUUAGUAAAAAUAAAGCUCUGGUUACCGGGCUGAUCGGGGCUCGGGGCUCUGCAGAGGACACCGGCGCAUACAUGUGGAGGUUACGUUUUAAGAAGGCCAGCUUUAAUAGGCUGCAGCGUCACUGAGGCUGCUCGGUGGGCACUGGAAACCCGGGAUUCAAUUGGUGGAACCGGGAAGGGGAGCCCCGACCUUUUCCACUGCAGGAGGAGCAGAGUUAAGGAAACCGAAAAAGAGACGCCGCUGCCAAGACAGCAGCAGCAGCCUGCGCAGUUUAGAAAACGGCACAGCCUCCUCUGCUGCACGGCACGAGGGACUUCACCAGAACUGCGCACCGACUCUGCAGGAUGCAGCCCUGCAGCAGCAGCGUAGUUUGGUAGACUCGGACAGAAACAAGCCUGUCCCGGAGGUGUGCAGGAAUUUAACGGGAGGAAUUGGGACAAACGGGUCGCUGACCGCAGCUGCGACAUUUGUUUUCCCCACCGAGAGUUUAUCACUCCUCCCCUCCGUGGAGCCCUGCGCCGUGGCCUUGUGGCGGACAUGGGAAAUGUAAACAGUAGUCGGGCUGGGUUUUAAACUACGCACACGUUCUCCUCCUCCUCCUCCUCCUCUUCCCGGGGCGUCCGAGAUGAAGAUGGAGACGGAGAGGGUCGAGUCUGAGCAGGAGGGAGAGGCAGAGCCCCCCAUGCACAGCGUCCACGGAACCAACCGGACCAGACCGUCCUCGUACCGGGCCCUGCGCAGCGCCGUGUCCAGCCUGGCCCGCCUAGACGACUUCAGCUGCGAGAAGAUCGGCGCGGGGUUUUUCUCCGAGGUGUUCAAGGUGCAGCAUCGUGUGUCCGGACAGGUGAUGGCUCUGAAGAUGAACAUCCUGGCCAGCAACAGAGCCAACAUGCUCAGGGAGGUCCAGCUCAUGAACAGACUCUCGCACCCCAACAUCCUCAGGUUUAUAGGAGUGUGUGUCCACGAGGGGCAGCUCCACGCCCUCACAGAGUACAUAAACGGCGGUAACUUGGAGCAGCUGUUGGGCAGCGAUGUGUAUCUGUCGUGGAGCGUGCGGAUCAUCCUGGCCUUGGACGUCGCCCGGGGACUGCAGUACCUGCACAGCAAGGGCAUCUUCCACAGGGACCUCACCUCCAAGAACUGCCUGGUGCGCUGGGAGGGCUGCGUGUGCUCAGCCGUGGUGGGAGACUUGGGCCUGGCGGAGAAAAUCCCAGAUUACAGUGAGGAAGAGGACCAGGAGCCUCUGGCUGUCGUCGGCUCCCCCUACUGGAUGGCCCCGGAGGUGCUCAGAGGGGAGGUGUAUAAUGAGAAGGUGGAUGUGUUUGCAUACGGGAUCAUCCUGUGUGAGACUAUUGCGAGGAUACAAGCCGACCCUGACUUCCUGCCCCGCACUAUGGACUUUGGUUUGGAUGAGGUGACCUUUCAGGAGAUGGUGGGAGACUGUCCUCCUGACUUCCUGGAAUUGGCCUUCACCUGCUGUAAUAUGAAUUCAAAGCUCCGUCCUUCCUUCUCCCAAAUCGCGGUGGAGCUGGAGAGGAGACAGGCUGAGAAGAAACAGAAGGCCGAACAAACAGUCAAAGCGGUUUCUCCAGCAAUUGGCCCUUUGCGAAGGCGCUCCCUCUGCAUCCUGUCAGAUCCUCGCCUCUCCCGCAGCAAGUCUGACAUGCUCCACCCACCGGACACGCCCCCCUCUGUCACCGCAGCAACUCCCGCUCGCAUCAACCCCUUCUCUCUGAGGGAGGACCUCAAGGGGGGCAAGACCAAGCUGUUCGACACGCCCAGCAAGUCCGUCAUCUCCCUCACCUUCACCCUGCCCCCUCUACCAGACUUCGACGAGAUCGACAGCUGCGAGCUACCGAGGAGGCACCGGCGCUGCCACUCGCUACCGUGUACGCCUCCUCCGCACCUCACAUCGGCGCCGAAGACGGUCCUGACCGAGGAGUCCACGACUGAGCUGGACAGCGAGACUAACGGAAUGAGUGAAGAAGAGAGACUGUUAGAAGAAGAAGAAGAAGAAGAGGAGAAGGUGAUCAGGGAGGGGAGUGGGACUGAUUCUGGUCUUCCUCUGUCCCUUGAGCCCCUGUCGCUGGACCAAGAGGAGGAGGGUGGGGGUGAGGAAGAGCCCAUGGACUGCACCAGCUCCCCGAACACACAAGACAGCACUUCAUCUCCUUGCUCCGAGCUCUCCCCUCCUCCGGCCCACUCCUCGACUCCCAUCCAGUCCUCCAUCCCUCCCUUCUCAAACGGCUGGGGGUCGGCCAUCUCCAACGGGCCCCCGUGCCUGCCUCCCCUCUCUCAUUUGGACAACAACAACGUGGUCAUGAGUCGACCCGUGGGAUGGAGCGACACCACAACGAACGACAACGGUUACCACUCCCCUCCCGGCGACCCUGCCGGUUCGUCCCCGUUCGGCUCCGGGAGCAGACACUCUCUGGACCAGGAGGAGGUGAUCUCCUGUCCCGGCUGCUGCCUCGCGGGCCUCCGCUUCCCCUCGGUGUGUUUCAGACCCCCGCCGCGCAGAAACCCUUACAAGAACUUGAACGGGGACCACGCAGCCUCACGUGGGCUGCUUUGUCCGGCACCCAAGGGCCUGGCGCCCUCUCCUACCCCCACAACCACCACCACCAGCCUGGAGCCGGCACUCGCCUUACCGGGGGCGCAGACAUAAACAUCUAAACACCAAAUACACACAGAAAAGAUGGUGAGGAAGCUCUUCCCUGGACAUUAAGUGGGUCUUCUUAGAAUUUGCACACAUUUUAACGCAGCAAUACCCUGCUUAUUUUCCAGACACACUUUACUGAAACACACUCCAGGCUGACUUUCUCUAUGAAAGCUGUGGGACAAAGAACCGGUGUCUUUGCUGGCACAUUGUUGCACGUCGCCCUCUGCUGGGCUGAGGGCGACGUGCAGACCUGACUGAUGAUCGGCAAUGUCCAGAACCGUUCAGCAUGUAAACACUCCACUUUGGGGCCCAGUGGGUUGGACCCUGUAUAUUCACAGAUGUUAAGAUUCUCAUGACUGAUGAUGAUGAUGAUGAUGAUGCUGAAAAUGAGGAAUGUUAAGCUUAGUAUUAUUACUGCUGCAAUGAUAUUUGAUGUUUGGUGCUGUUAUUGAAUGAACAGGCAGUUUUGCUUUAAUGUAUUUAAUUAUCAAGAGGGUGUGUGGUGCACUGCUGGACUGUGUCAGUUUGUGUGUAACAUGGACAAAUGUGAGUGCGAGGUGGAUUCAUCGUGUGUGCGUGUGUGUGUGUGUGUGUGUGUGUGUAUAAAGAGUGUGCUGUACACCGUUCUUUUGACCAUUUUGUUGCUGUAUGAUCUCUAUUGGCCCUUCAGGUCGCCUGGUUAAGCACUUCAACUGUAUUACUGUUGUUAAUAAGGAAACUGUUUGUUAUUAUGUCUUUUUGGAAUGAAUGGUCAAAGACCUACUUAAGAGAUGUACAGAUUCUUAUUAUUUAAAGAUGGCAUUGAAUAAAAUGAUAGAAUGCA